AGGAGGAGUAUGCUGCUGCCUAGGGAACAUUUCUUCAUCCAAGACCAAAUGAAGUAUUUGUUGAGGCCUAAUGUCACUCCUGUUGACAUAGAGGUGUUCUUGAGAUUCUUCCAAGAGAUCAGGAAGAAGAUGGCAUUAAAUGACACUUGGCAGUUGAUGCCACUUGUGAGGACUUACCUGAGCUUGGUGACAAGUCAGAGGGGAUCCAGUAUGCUGGAUGAUCUGGUGCUGUGGGUGCAGGACAUCCCAGCAGAGUGGGAAUACUCUAACAGAGAACACAACAAGAGGCUGCAUUUGGAAAUGGCGAGUACCAACAGAGAACAGGAAGUCAUUGCUUGUGGGUGCACUUGUGUUCCUAGAUCCCAAGAGCAUCCCAGCAGGUGUUGUGUAUGGCACAGAUAGCAGGGAGCAGGUCCACAGCCACAAGUUAACUGGCCCAGUGGUGGAGAUUGAGGUAUCCACCAAUGAUGACUUGUCCUUUGUCACUGAGGGCAUCAGUUUGAACAUGUCCUACUAUGACCCAGAUGUAACCACAGAAAGGAAUGUGUGUGGUGGAGCUGAGGUGUCCGGGACAUUGGGCGAGACUCUGAAGUGGGAUCUGACCAGGUGCAGUGUGCUGAACCUGGGACACAGAGGCAGGAGGGUGACCAGGUGCCACUGUCAGGGUCCUGGAGUGUUUGCUUUUAUUAAAAUGCCAGAGAUACAGACUGAUGAUUCAGCCUUGAAGAGGCCAGUGCUGGUGGUAGUGGCUUUGACCUGCUGUGCAUUUAUCCUGCUGCUGCUGCUGGCAUUACUUCGCAUCUUUCUCCUGUCGUCAGCUUCAUCUGUGCCUUCUGGUAGGCGAAGGGAAAACAGUGAUGGCAGCAGGCUGAUGAACGGACUCAAAGCUAGAAUGACGUUCUCCAUGCUUUGUUUUUCUUCUAAUUCAGAUGGACAAAGUGAUAUAGAAAUGCCGUACAUCCCCAGUCCAUUUGAGGCUCCGCAUUCCUCUCCUGGAUCUAUUAAUGUCAGAAGGAGAAAUAAGGACUUCUACCCAGAUCCUCGCUACUUAAACAUGCAAAUUGUAACAGAUGUCAAGAGAUCGGUACAUUCCCAUAUAUAUGAAAAUAUUUUUCAUCUUUCAGAACCUGAACAGCAAACAAGACAAGGUUCACAUGUCUUAGACUGUGAGUACGAGAUCCCAGAUGACAUUCACCUCCCUUUGGUUAAUAUUCAUAAGUCAGACCCAGAUGAUAGUCAGUGUUAGGAGGUCAGGAGGAAAGACGAUACGAAGGAAACUGCAAGUGGUACAAAUUACUAUUGUGUGUUAUGAUGCGUUGGAAUUGUCCUUAUGUGUGUGUGUGUGUGUGUGUGUCCCAUCAUCUUUGAAGAGUAAGUGGAUUGUUGUAGGUUUCCUGUGUGUUUCUUUAGCAAGUAUGAAAUGUUUUUUACUCUUAAGAAAAUCUAGUUCUUAACAAAAAUGUUAAGAAUUGUAGUUGAUAUUAUAUUAUUUUGUAAAAUCAGUCUCAAAAUUCUCAAAAUUAUAGAACUUUUUUGAUUGGAAAUCAAACAUGUUUGUACAAAGAAAAUCUGUGUAGUAUUUGUUUUUCCAUAUUACCAUGAAUGUAUGUGAAUGUUCACUUCAGGAAAGCUUGAAUACAUCAGGGUAAACACAGAGUCAUUAUAGAAUACUGCACUUGUCCUUGCUAGUAGAUGAUCUAAGUUAGUAUUGUGCAUUGGUGUAGGCAGUGCAUGAGGUAUAAUGGCUGUUUUUAUCAGCCACCUGCUGGUGGAAUGUGCAUGCCAUGUACAAGUGGAGAGAAAAGGGAGAGACUGUUGUACAUAAUCGGUUAUUAAUUAGACCUAAGGUUGAUUUUGUGAUGAAUUACCAGACUUAUGGUUUAUUUUGUGGUGGAUCAUAUAGUUUCCUUUUGUGUAUGAACAGCAAAAUUCUUGCAACUUGCCAACACUCACCCUUUUUUAAAAAAAACAAAGAGGGGAAGAGACCCCACAUUCUUCUAGUAACUAGAGCACACACAGCUGAACAGCUUGUCACUUAUUUUUCAUUUGUUUUUAUGGCUGUAGGCAGUACAUUAAAAAAUUUUGUUUUUGUUUUUUGUGCUUUAUUUUUUAUUGUUGUUGGCAGUGCAUUGCAGAUUAUAUUUCUUUCUAAAAUUUAGGAAAAUUAUAGUGGAAUGAAAGAUUCAAAAGUUUAUGAAAAGAAUUUUAGCAAUGCCUGCCCAUUCUGCUUGAUAUAGGAAUGAAUUCAAUUGCCUACAUUUUUCUUUUUUUAUGGGUAAAUGCUUCACAAGAAUUAACAAGAUUAAUGGGUUUAGAUGAUUUUCAUGUUUUCUUUUUCCCCACACAAAAGGAUGCGGGAAGGAUGAAACACAGAAGCUUGGGAUCGAGAGUGAAGUGCUGUUUUGCAUUCAGACCAAGUUACUUUAGCACUGCUUGUUGCUGCCUUCCUAAUCAGCUGAAUUCCUGUCUCGUUCUCAUAAAGGUAAGGCAUUCACUCGCACAUGCUCUGGUGAUACAUAUUCUAUAUUUUAUGAUUUAGCUCACCUCUUAUACAUAGGUCAUUCAGACUCAUUGUAUGAAUAGAGAACAUCAAGACCUGGCUUUUUUCUUUGUAUAAAUACUGAUGGAGGUGCUUGCUAAAGGAGUAAUAAUUUGUGAUUUAUUCUUAAUACUUCCAUUUUUUUUAAAAUAAUUGUCACAAAAUAUGGCAGAUGAUUCCCUUUAAUAAACUAACUUCUGAGAUCGUAAAGCGUUUAUGUGUAGCUACUGUUGCCUAAAUUGAAUACCUAUUUACAAGCCAUAAUUGAGCAAAUAAAUUAAAGAAUGAGGUGCAUAUUCAGGUCAUACAUAUUUAUCAGGUGAUGCGCCAAAAUUGUUUACAUUAUCAAGACUAUGAGAGAAAACCCCUCACUGGAAUUGGAAAAGGCAUCCUACACCCUGUAACUGUGUCUCAAUAAUCAUGCCACCUGAGGAUACACAAACAUAAUAACACUGUCACUGUUGGAUUGGCUUAAAUAUUUUUGUCUUGUCUUACAACAUGUGGCAAAUGACUUUUUGUGGCUCUAUAAAAACUCUUAUUUAUUUGUUUAUAAGGUACAUGACUAUACAUAUAAUACAAAUAAUUCAGUGUUAUUUAUUUAUUUAUAUACAUUUUUUUUUUAAUAUAUAUAAAAAUUAUUAAUAAAAUGUUAAUCAGAUGCUUAGAGCUCCGACCCAGUGAUGGUGUUAGCACAUCUGCACAUUUCUAAAUACCAGAAUUACUGGGAUGGCAUUAGUGAAACCAAAUAUAAAGUAAAAUCUUGUGAACAGCCUGUAACAAAUUAGACUGGGUUACAAUAAGUGCAUUCAAUAACUUUGAUAAUAUAUUGAUAUUUACAGAAAAGAAGAGAUCAGUUGUACUAGCUGUAAAAGAUUUUAAUUUAACACAUGACUUAUUCCUCACAUUAUAAUGGUUAUUCCUCACAUCCCAUUAUGAGUUUUUUCCCCUCCCAAGCAAGCAUUCAUACUUCCUUGCUUUUUCUUUCACAUUUAACUUUGUCUUUGUCACACACAGUGAAAUCUUGAUUACAAACAUGACAAGUGGGAAUUUUAGAACAUGAAGAAUGAAAAAUUAAAAGAUUAAAGUAAAUGUAUGUUUGUUAUGAGGAAAUAAAAACUGAAUGCAGCAUUUACACCAAUGCCAGCAGGCAGUGGUCAGUGUGCAUGUGUGCCUGUGUCUGAGUGCUGCUCUGCAGGGGGAUAUGACAUUCUUAAAAGUAAUUUUGUCUCAUUUGUAUUAUUGUUAUUAUUUAUUUAUUUAUUUAUUUAUUUAUUUAUUUUUAUUUAUUUAUUUUUUUCCUAAUUAUACUAUCAUUCAAAAGACUCUUCUACAUAGAUGGAUUCUUCAACAGAGGUCCAUUCUCUAUUGGAAAUGGCAGUGUUAGUUGAAGAGUGGUAUUAACAUUUUGAAGCUAUUCUUUUGGCUAUAAUUGUCAUAGUUUCCAUAUCUGAGUUCAGCAAUUAUUGCUAAAUGUGUUUGCCAAAAUUAUCUUUCUUGAAUAGAGGUGAGUUAAGGCAAAAAUCAUAGGAAACUGUAGUACCAGAGAAUGUGUGAGUGACAGCCCCACCUUGAUAAGAGUGAGAGGAAUCCAGCCAGUCAGGUGGGGUAUGGUAAAUGCUGUAAAGGCACAAGAGUAACACAGUGUUGGAGCAAACUAUACAUAGUACAUGGAGAUGUAUCAUUUAAAUCUUCCUGUACAACAAUGGAUAUAGAGGAAGUGUGCUUAGCUUGACAUGAUCUGGUGAUCAGGGUAUCUUCAGCCAGUGUAAUGCCUUGUCUUGAAACAUUUAAAAUCUUCAUAUUACUAAAAGUGCUUGGUAUGUCUGUCCAUCUGUGUGUUACAAUUUCAUCUCUCAAAAGAUCAGCAAAAUACUAUGAUUGAGGAGGAAGAGUGAGGCAGUGUGGGACUGGUGUAAGGAACAAGAUCUCACAGCUUGUCCACCUAUAUAUAUUUUCUGACUAUUGGUCACUGAGCAGUGUAAUCUCUGUUGUUUUCUUUCAAGGUCUGUAUGUAGCAUUGUUGUAUACAAGUGCCUGGUUUUAUUUAUAGUGUCAAGCCAUGAGAGGGAGCAAAUGAAGAUCAAGCCAGACAGAUACUCAAUGUACAUGAUACCUCACCAGUCAUCCCAUAGCAAUCACUAUGACUUGAUUGUGUGUAUUGGCCUUGGUAGUCAAGGGUGAUUUAGUCCACAUGGGUUGUGGUUCUCACGAUGGGUAAGCUGGUAAAGUGAUUACUUCACCAGAUCAGGCUCCCCUCCCAGUCUCUCUUUUGGUUGCCUUUGUAUAAACUUAGCAUUACAAGACACAAGGUAUUAUAAUUCAGUAGAAGUUAUUAUAUAUUUUAUUUUAAAUAUAAAGAAAAUAAAUGGCAAAAUAAAUGGUAAGUAAUGUU